AGCUUGGGUGCAAGUAUGAUUGGGAGGCAUUAGCGGAACUGAACAUUGAGCUUGCACGUGAGAUGGAGCAGUUCGAUAUGGUGUUCGAGGCGUUGUUUGACGAACUUGGACCGUUACAUCAUCGCCCUCCUCCACUACCCUCUACUCACGCCAGGGAGCACCGAAAGAAGGUGCUAGGCCGAGCCGGGCGGAGACCGUGGUGAAAUCGAUGUCAGCCGAGGGAAAGUCAUCAAAAGUCGGUCACUUCCACCUUAGGCCCCGCCCUAGCGUGCGAACCGAUGAAUAUAAACUCCUCUGCUGGACUCUAAGAAUUCCUGCGCUCAUACACCAAACCACAGCCACCUCCAACCUACACCAUGGCUACCACAACCGAGGCUGCGAGGAGCAAGUGCUGGUCCGAUCUUCCCGAAGAAAUCAAACUCGACAUCCUCACCAUGGUCUUGUCGUAUUCUUAUCCGGUUAUAUAUAGCAAAUUCCGUUGGAGUAUCCUUCCUAUCCUAAUGACCUGCAAGGACUUCGAGAGAAUCGGCCUCGAGGUGUUCUACAAGUCGAAUACAAUCAAGGUUAAGGGACUAGAAUAUGCCCAAGCAAAAGACCUAUUUCAUUGCUUAACGGGAAUUACACGACAGCCAGUGCUUCCGCCCGUGUCUACUCGGCCUUGGAUCCGCUCCCUUAACCUCAAGCUCAAACUUGAGUUCGACUUUGCAUCACGCGAGCUCGUGCACGAUUCCAAGGACUUACACCUACUACGAAGGUUUGCUAGUGGCGAGCUCGGUUUCACUGGCCUGCAGUGUGUGAAGCUGUCACUUUUCCUUGGAGCUCUUAAAUUUGCACCGACGCACCUCUCGCGCCUCCGCGCGGACCUCAGGAGCCUUGGAGUACGGAUUCCAGCCGCGAAGGUGCAGUUGGAGUUUAAGGCUAGCGUUUCGAAAACGCCAGACCCAUCUCUCCAGGCGCUGCUGAGGGAGGAGCUUGGUUGUCAGAUGUGAUGAUGCCGAUGUUUGGAAGCUUGAACGGUAUGGGAAAUAUGGCAUAUGCUGGCGGGAAUUUGGGCCCAGCCGGUGUUGAAAUACUUCGGCAUCCUCUCCUGAAAGACCCUACCCAGAUACCACGCAUCCUCUGCAAUCGGUACAUUUGCUUUCACAGCCGGCCGCACACCAAUCGAAGCCCAGAUCUCAUGUACUA